AAGAAUUCCGCGGGAACUAAAAUGGUCUUCCGCUCUCAACUUCAACGUCAUUUGAAUCAUUCCAACAAAAAGUCCACACCUACCCAUUCAGACUGUUUCUAUAAAACAACCCGAUUCUAGAAAAAUGGCAGACGACAGCCAUCCAAGCCAUCUCUCACCCAGCGAACUAGGAACAAAAGACUACUGGGAAACCUUCUAUGCCCGAACCCUAACACACAUCUCCACAAAACGCAACAACAACAACAACAACAACAACAACCCAUCAACCACUUCUCAACCCAUCCACGCCCAAGCCGACUCUGACGCCGAGUCUGUCGACGAUGACGACGACCCCGGCACAUCCUGGUUCUCGGAACACAAUGCGCCGGACAAGGUCCUUCAAUUCCUGACCUCAGACGAUUUUCCGCUUGCGCCGUGCCAUACCCUGGCUAAGAAGGGACCACAGCCCACCGUCCUGGACCUGGGGACGGGGAACGGGAGUAUGUUGGCGCUUUUGAGGAAACGGGGUGGGUUCAGGGGGGGUAUGGUUGGGGUAGAUUAUUCGGCACGGAGUGUGGAGUUGGCAAGGGAGUUGCAGAGGUUGAAGAUUCAUUCGGCUUAUUUGACGGAUUCUGAAGAGGAGGGAGGGUUUAGUGAUGAUGAGCAGCAAGAAGCGAGGGAGGCUGGGGGGGAGGGAAUGCAGGAGGAGAGAGAGAUUCGGUUUGAGGAGUGGGAUAUUUUGCAUCAUUCGGCGGAUGGGUUGAAGGAGAGAGGCACGCUGGAUUGGUUCCCGUAUGAGGAGGGCGGGUUUGAUAUUGUGCUUGAUAAGGGGACGUUUGAUGCUGUGUCGCUUUCGGAGGAGGUGGUGGAGGAGGGAGAUGCUUCUGUUGCGGGGAAAAAGGUGCAGCGACGGGUUUGCGAGCGGUAUCCUGGGAUUGCGAGGGGGCUGGUUCGGAAGGGUGGGUUUUUGGUUGUGACCAGUUGUAAUUGGACUGAGGAGGAGUUGGUUAUGUGGUUUACAAGGGAGAAGGACGAGUGGGACCGGUUAGAGGUCUGGGGACGUGUUGAGUAUCCAAGGUUUAGGUUCGGGGGGAAGGAGGGUCAGGGUGUUUGUACGGUGUGCUUUCAGAGGGUUUGAUCAUCUAUGGAUGUUUUGUCAUUUUGAUAGAUAAAUAGAUAUAUAGAUAGAUGCAGUGUAUUUAGUGUCUAUCAUGCUGGAUAGUCGUCACGUUCAUCAGUCAUGAUGUAUGGACCUGUAGGCAUAUUCCUCAACUCAUAUAUCUGUUUGAGGGCAUGUCCCUGGGGACCAGAAUCCGUAUACUCCUACUCUCCCUUCCUCCUGAGGAGAGCGAUUACACACCAUCUCUUUCGGUUCUCGGGGCCUUCUCCCUCCCGCUCAGGUACCCAGUCCCUACGGACU